CGUCAAUUGAAAAGGUACUGAAAAACCCUAGCUCCCUUCUCCCUUCUCCCUUCUCCCGCUUGCUUCCUGAUGACACAACACAUUCUACAGUCUACGCCAGAAUCUCCUACUGAGAUUUGAUCUGAUAGCAUCAAGCAACUGCAAGAAGACCGAGAGGAUUGCACCUACUCCGACAAUAUCAAUCUCAACCUCCUCGUCAAGAUGAAAAGCAAAAAGCCGAAGACUGCUACAACUUCCAAUGCUAUUGGUAAUUUGAAGUCCAUUAUUCAUGAGCAUGCACUGUUCAUCGACAAAUUAGUGGAGCUUAUUCCUGCAAGGUUCUAUUUAUCUAAUGAUGAAAAGGAGAAACCUUGGUUUCAGGGCCUUAGCAAGAAUGAGAAGGCCUUGGCCAAGAAGGAAUCGAAAGAAAACCUUAAGAAAACUAAAAGAGAUCGCCUGGAUCCAGAAAAGUCUGAUAAAUCAACCGUUGAUUUGCUUAAGGAAAACUUGGGAAAGAAAAAGUUAAAGGAUAAAAGUGAUGAUAAUGAAAUGGAUGUUAAGCCAAUGACAUCUGGGUGGGACGAUGAUCGGUCAGCGACAUAUGAAGACCUACGGCAACGUCUGCAUCGAAAGAUUGAGGAGCUCCGAGCUAAUAGAAACACGGAAUGUUCGAAUAGAGAAAAGAAGCGGAAUGAAAGAAAAGAAAGGAGGGAACUUGUUGAUAAGAAACGCAAGAGAGAAAAUGGGCGUGAGGAAAAAAAAUUAGCAGGUUACCACUCAAAAGAUGAAGUUGAAAAGAAUGUAGUUGAAGCCUCUAAAGAACUUGCCUUCAGUCAUGUCAAACUCAGGACUGAAGAAGAGCAUGGGAAGAAAAAGAAGAGAAAGUUCUCUAAGUUGGAGGAGCUUGAAAGAGCUAAAAUAUUGGAGGAAGCAAAGAAGGAUCCUGAGAAGGGCGAGAUAAUCGCAAAGAAGCAUUCUUGGAAUGCAGCAACGAGUAGAGCUGCUGGACUUAAGGUUCAUGAUGAUCCAAAACUCCUGAUGAAGAGCUUAAAGAAGGGAAAGAAACAGCAGCUGAAGAAUGUUGAGAAAUGGAAAGAAAGGAUUGAAACUACACAGAAGAUGAAAGCCGAAAGACAGCAAAAGAGGUCAGAUAACAUAGCACAGAAAAUUCACGAUAAGAAGAUGCGAAAAAUUGCAAAGAGGGAGAAGAAGCUUAUGCGGCCCGGCUUUGAAGGUCGUAAGGAAGGUUUCAUUAACGAAGGAACGACCUAGGCGAAGCUAAUUUUACCUUUGUAAUGCUGUUGCCGUUCCUGCUUUGAUUUCGUAGAUUUAGGUAAUGCUACCAAAACAUAUUGUGUUUCUUUUUCAGACAAAACAGUAGAUGGAAGAACCAGAAAUUGUUGUAAAAUUUGUUUUCUGUUCUUCAUUUAAAAGAGAAGUGAAAGAAUGAGAAGCCAAACAGAGAUAUUACAAAACAUUUGUGCCUUCCGAGGAAAGUAGAGUGUCCUAUCACUAUCUA